UAUAGGUGUAAUAUUUUAAUUGAGAUAUGUCUUUAUGAUAUAGCUAUACUGUGCCACGAUUUUCAAAACAGUCAAAAUAAUCUUAAUUGUCAUAGAUACUUUUCCUUUACCGGUGAAUUAUAUCCUUUUUUAAACUAUUACGAAUACACUCUCCAAAACGUUAAUAACUUUCUCUGGUUUGUGAUGAACAAAUGUAUUGCAGAUAAAUCACUUAUUCAUUUGACAAUGCAGCCUACCUAUCUGGAAUGGAGUUUAGAGAUGGAAAUAGUAGGUAGGUAGAUGUAAAAAAUUCCACAAAUACUGUUCCACUGUUGAAGAGCGAAAAAUAGACUAUGACAAAGGAAAAAAAACUAGUAACGAAUAAAAGAAAGCAGUACAAGAGGCAAUAAGAAAGAAAUUAAUGUAAUAGGCGUCGCGAUACAAACUAGCACAAAAAAAAAAAAAAUAGAAAGAAGAGGAUUGAUCUAUGUCUUCUAAGCUAAAGGGAGAAAAUAACAUGUGUGUUUUCUGCCUAACCACAGUAAAAAAGAUAUCUCACGUAACAGAGGGACUUCAUUACUGUAGUUUAGGAAGAGCCGAAUGUGUAAAAAGCGUCUCCUACAAAAGUGACGUGUGUGUCUCUCGUUGGUACACGCCUUCCAGCUGUUCCCCGUGACGCAACACAGUGGUCGUUGUGACGUGUGGCCUGUGUCGAGGUGUCCAGCAUCAGUUCUCUCGUAGGAUUUGUGCAGUAACAUUGACAAGGAUUAAGACUAACAGUGUGGAGGAGACGGGGAUAAUACAGGAGUUGCGUGUCGUUGUCUUGUUUGGCGUAUCAGUGUCCUGUUGUGUGGGCCUCCUUUCUUGACCGGUUUGCUAAAGGCCAAGGAAAACAUGAAGAGAAAUGUGUGCCUUGUGUUGACUGUGGUGGUAGUGGUAGUAGCCAUGAUCAGUGAUGCAGUGAGCCAGAAACAAGAUGACAGACUGGUGGCAUUAGACCCGGAUGACGACCAGGAUGAUGAGCUGACACUGACUAAUGAAGCAACAACAGAUGAAUCCCAUGAUGAUACAAAAUCCUUUAUUCCAACAGAUAAAUGGCAGACUAUUGAACCAGGCCAGGCAAUUCCUCCUGGGCUCCAUAUACGUAUGAAUCUCCAGACUGGUGUGAAGGAAGCCAAAUUGUUGGAUGAUGAGGAUGAAACCAAGGACAAUCAUGCAUCUCAAGUAAUGGAGAACCCUGAACCUGCAAACAUGAACAAAGCAAUCAUUUCAGUGGAGAAAAAUGAUUCAGAAGAUGAAGAAGAAACAAAUCCAAAGGCAGCUUUGAUGAGGGACAACAUAAUUGAAGCUCUAAAACAAAUUAAAAGUGAGGAUGGGCUUAAUUCAAAGGAAAGUAUUGAAAAUUCAGAGAAAAGAAAGAAGAACUUACGUUCCUAUGAAGAACUGAAGGAAAAUUUUGAUGCUUUGAAUAUUAAGGUUGAAACAGAUGUGGAGAUACUCACGAAUUUAAUGAAUCGUUAUAAGAAUGCCAAGUCAGAUGAAGAGCAUGCCACCCUAUUGGAGGACAUGGAAUACUUAGUUCAUCAAUUUGACAAUGCGAUCACCUUUGUUGAUAUGGAUGGACUGCAGCAGAUAGUGUUGCCAGCAAUGAACUCAACAAGCAACAUUAAAAAAAAGGGAUCAUUGCACCUGCUUGGUUCAGCAGUCCAGAGCAAUCCAAAGGUCCAAAUCGCUGCUGUGGAAGCUGGCCUUGUUGAGUCACUCAUCAGGAUUGUAGCGUAUGAAUCUCAGGUGGAUGUGGCUCGAAAGGCAGUUUUUGCACUUUCCUGCCUAGUAAGAGGAUUUCCUUAUGGGCAACAAGUGCUGGCUCAGAAUGGAGGCCUAGAAGUGUUGCGGAAAGUUUUUGACAAGGGAGACUUUCAGACCUUGCCACUCCAGCUGAAGGUGGUGGCACUUCUCCAUGAUUUGUUGAUGGAACGUGAAGAAGCAGAAGGAGAAAGACUGCACCAGCUACAGCAGUUUAAACUGGAUGAGCAGCUAGCAUCUGGAGGGUGGUGUCCUGUGGUUUCCUCUCUUUUAACAGUGGCAUCAUUUGACCGACGAGACCGCCGCUAUGAUAUGGGUGCUGCUCUCAAGAAUGAGAUGCCCCUUAGACCUGAUCAUGACACAGUUGACAAAGUAGUUUCUGCAAUGAGCAGCAUGGUGGAAGUAUGCCGUAACCAGUUCUUUGACACUCUUCCACUUCUUCGCAACCUGGCACACACUUAUGAUGAUUUGGCCUACAAAGAACAGUUCCAAGACAAUGAUGAUGGAGGUCAUGCCUUGUUUAAGGGUCUAGCAGAUACAAUUCAAAGACUGGUGAGGAAUAUUGGUUUAAAAAGUGAAUUGUAAUAUUGUAGCACAUUAUUCAUCAUCAUUAAUCAUGAUAUAGUGAGUAGCAUUCUUUCUGUCAAACUCAUUUAGCUAGUCUUAUUUGGAUUUGAGUCCUAGCAAAUAAUGGUAAUUUGGCUGUUUAAAUCCAGCCAUACAUCAUCUUUUUUUACCCUGACCAGUAAAUAAUUACUUACGAUUGCAUAUAGUUUUAAUGUGGAUGUAGGUAAAUCUUCCAUGUUUUGUUGUAUGUGACUAGUCCAUCUUAAACCUUAUGAUCAUCAUGAUAUUAGUAAUUGAUCUGUAACAUUUGUAUUUUCUCACCACCAUUAUACAUCCAUACUACUUAAUCUUCACUUUCAUACUUGGCUAUGAGUAUUUUGUGGAAUAUUUAUUGCUACUUUUGUGUGAUGAAAAGUUGCUAUGUAAGUGUUUUUAAUUACUUUUUCCUAGUAUUUUUUUUGUUCAUUAUUAUUGAAUAGUAUUUAUUAUUGUUGUGAUAUCUUGUGUUGUGUUUGGUGAAAUCCAUCAUGAUUGCACAAUCAGCAUAAGUGGGUGUUAUCGCAGUAACAAUAUCAGGUUAUUGGUCGUCCAAUAAUAAUGUUUCUCAUAUCAGUCAAUCGUUAUUGCCAAUACUUUUGGUUUCAAACUAACAAUAAUUGAUACUUUUAGUUUUUGGAACAUGAUAGAUUUAUACACAAUUAUCAAUUAUUGGUCAUUGUGUAUCAGAUAAUCGUUAUCAAUUUAUCAGUUAUUGUGAUUUUUUUUAUUUAUUUUAUUUAUUUUUUUUUUUCCUCGCCUAGCUAUGGCAAGCAGUAUGUUUCAUAUUAAUUGUACCCUGAAUUAAUUGACUUCAGAAGUAAAAGGAAUUUAGGAAAUACUAAAUUCAGUCUUCUACAUAUUCAUCUAUAUAUUUAUUUAUCUUUGUACCAUGCUCACACAUACACACAUUAUUUACACUCUUUCUAAUUAUAAAUUCAUAAAAAUUUACACAGAUUGGUAAAGUGUAUUACAUUUAUUCUCUUAAUACAGUUAGUAUCAUCUUAUACACAUGGCAUGUAAACUUAAAAUAUACAGGUGUGCUGUGCUCAUUCAUGAACCUAGGUUUGGUAGCAUCACCUUUUUGCCAUACCAUGUUUCAUGUAGUACAACAUUCAAGAAGAGCAAUUCAUAAGUAUCUGCUCUAAAAAAAAUAUGAUAAAUGACAACAUCAAAAGGUAGCUUUAUCGUAAUGGAGUUGUUUUGAUAAGAAUAUAAUAAAGUACAUUUGGUUUAAAUUCAUUAUGAUAUGUAUGUCAUUGUAGGAGAAGAUUCAAUAAUGUGAAUGUGAGUCAAGAUUUUGCUUUUUGAAAAAUGUUAAAUAUUUGUGUUUUUACUAAGGAUAUUUUACAUAGUAAGGAUUGUCUCCUGGUUUUGGUAUGGAGCUUUUUCAGUUUUUCAUUUCAUUUCAUUCAUUCUUUUUCUUUGAGUUUAUAAAGUUUUCUUAGAGAAGUGGGUGAUUACAGAACACAUGAUGUAUAAUUUUUCAUCAAUAUUCAUAACUUCUUCACACUUGUUUCUCCCUUGCAAUCAGUUUUGUGCUAUAACCAGCCAUAGAUGGAAUGUAUGGUAAAUAUUGUUGAUCUGCUCCUGUGUGAGUCAUAGCAAACAUCUUAUCACCACAUUAAUGAAAUAAAACAUAGUACAAUGCAA